GAAUGUCCGGUCUUUUUAAAGUAAAGGGUGGAUACCUUGCACAUUGAGUGGCCAAGCUCUGCAGCAAAACUUUACAUUCAAGCUCAAUAUUCUACCUGAAGAAUGGACAUGAAAAAGAUGCAACUUCUUCAACUGUGUGCCUUCUUCCAUGUUACAGUCAGUAGUCAGAUAGAAGAAGUCGCCAUUUCACCUCCUGGGAAUGAGGUAUUUGUGCUGGCAGGUUCAGCCUUCCAGUUCACCUGUGCUUGCGUUGGUAGUUGUAAGGCACCACAGUUCAGGUGGACAAGAGCUACUACUGACUCUGAUGGUAUGCUAACCAAAAACAGCACUCUCAAAUUUUCCAACGUGAUGAUUGAGGAUGCGGGUCGAUAUACCUGCAAUGCAAAGUGCGAUGGCAGUUCAGAGAAAAAACWAAAAACUGUCAAGAUGACUGUCUAUGCUUUUAGUCAACCUGUGUUGGUGAUGCCAAGUAUUUUGACGGAAAAUGUGGCUUGUYAUGUAACAUGCAGUGUUGAUGCAUUUGACCACGUUGACCGUGUCCACAUAAGCUGGUAUCUAGGAAGUGAGCUUCUUAAAAAUGAAACGCAGCAGACUUUGGAUGCAGCUACCGUGUCAGACACACUGACUCUUACUGCCCUGAGGGACCAUACUGGGAACAGUCUGACCUGUGAAGUGAAAGCAGACAUGAGAAAUAACUCAAAACAGGUUUCUUACUGUCUAGACAUACACUAUGCACCCAAGAUCAACAUCAGUGCUUCCUCAUCUGGGAUGGAAGAGGAGGAAGUGGUGAUGAGCUGCAGAAGUGACGGCCACCCCACCCCCACCAUUGAGUGGGAGAGAAAAGGGGAGCUGUGGCCCAAGAAUCUGCAUCGACACGCACAAGGAAACGUCACGGGCCGGCUACACCGCAGCAACCAAGGGGUUUACCAGUGUGUGGCCAAGAAUGUGGUGUCCGAGGUAAAGGAAGAGAUGAAACUGGAGGUGCAAUACGGACCAGCAAACACAAGUAUCCAGUCCUUCCCACUGCAGGCCAUUUCCUAUGGGGUUCAGCUGAACCUUACCUGCUUGUCAGACAUGUACCCCAAAGCCAAACAGUACAUCUGGACCAGGAUCCCAGAUAUGGCCCUACCCAAGGAGGRCAUGGUUACAAACAGCCAUUUAAUCAUAGAUAACUUCCAAGAGCACCACCAAGGCAUCUUUGAGUGUAGAGUGAUUCACCACAGUGGGAAUACAGAGAGAGCAUUCUAUACCGCCUCUGUACAAGCGGAGCCCGAGUCUAAGGUGUUCACUCAGUUGGUGGGUGCAGUGUCUGGCAGUCUUGUCAGCGGAAUCACAGGAGGGAUCGUGGCAGGAUUCAUGUUAGCUAAAUAUCUGAAGUGAUGCUACCUUAAAUCACCUCACUGUGUGGGAUCUAUUCCGGAGCCAUUCAGAUGGUCUCAACCAGAGUGCAUUAUUCUCAAUUCAUACAGCAGAGCUUAACAGCGAUUAAUGUACAGUACUUUCAGAAAGUAUUCAUACCCCUUAAUGUAUUCCACAUUUUGUUGUGUUACAGCCUGAAUUCAAAAUAGAUGAAAUCGUUUUCUUUUAAAGCCGAUUUAAGUCCAAACUGUAACUAGGGCACCCAGGAAUAUUCAAUGUUGUCUUGGUAAGCAACUGCAGUGUAUAUUU